CAGACAUAACAUUUACUGCAGCUGGCACCUGAUUACGCUUGGUGCACUGUGGCAUCUCUUGUCUCACCUAUCCUGACAUGGUUCGCACGUCCUAGAAGUAGUUGUGCAUUCAUGUAAAGUUACCUUGCAGCUCGAGAAACAAUUGCGCAUUCGAGUCAUGGUACAUAGUCAUGGAAGUCAAUACCACGGUCGCCUCGCGCCUUGUCCCAAUUGCUUCCGCGCCUAGGGCAACCUCUGCUGAUGUGCAGAAUGGCCCCGAUACAAGCUUGACUACAAUGCCCUUCAACUGCCAGGCCUGCGUGCGCAAAAAGGUUAAGUGCAAUAGGGCUGUGCCAACAUGCUCAAGCUGCAGCAAAGCAAAGCUCCAGUGCGUCUACCAGGCUCCCCUGCCGCGCAAGAGGAAGCGAAGCCAGGUCGAAGACGUGUAUGGGCGUCUAGCACGGUACGAGCGUAUCUUGCAGGAGAACAAUCUUCUCCCUACGGAAUCUACACCGACCUCAUGCGGCAAUGGGACGGAGACGUCGGCGGUCAGCACACGGGAUCCAACCCCAGUGCAACCCGCUAGGUCUGGUACACUUCUUUCCGCCGAUGGCAAGUCUCGCUAUGUUGACAAUGUUCUCCUCCUUGAUGCCGGAGAAGGCGACUUGUGUGAAUUAUCUGAUUCAGACCGAGAUGACUUCCAGCAUGACGACACCGGAGCUGAUCAGAGUACCCCAACUGGUCUUCUAGGCGUCCUCGCAGCACAUACAGUUUUUGGGGCAAUACUUGGCAGCACCCAGAGCCUCGCUAACCAACAUCCCAGUUAUGAGGAGGCUACAAAGCUCUGGAAUACGUACGUGCAAAAUGUCGAGCCUCUUUGCAAGGUUCUUCAUGUUCCUACCGUCGCAAAGAUGGUCGACACAGUCUCACAACAACCUGCUGCGGCCUCGAAGAGUGACAACUGCCUGCUUUUUGCCAUCUACUAUUUCGCCGUGUUCUCCAUGUCAGAUGCCGACUGUCUGCUAGAGUUCAACCAAACGAGGAAGCAUUUGAUGUCGAGAUAUCGCACGGCUGUUUGUCAGGCACUUGUCAGCGCGUCGUGGCUGAAGACUACAGCGCUGCCAGUACUACAGGCUUACAGUCUCUUCCUCAUUGCCAUGCGCGCUCAAAUUGAUUCUCACACGUUUUGGAUAUUGACAGGCAUUGCGAUUCGUCUCGCACAACGCAUGGGGCUCCACCGUGAUGGUGAAAGCCUGGGAUUGCCACCAUUUGAGUCCCAGAUGCGACGGCGGCUCUUUUGGCAACUACUUCCACUGGACGGCUAUGCAGGCCAAGUUUGCGGCACUGGGAUCUCCAUAUCGCCGAAUAGCUGGGAUACCAAGCCACCAUUGAACAUUAACGAUGACCAGAUUUCCCCUGGUAUGACGCAGCAGCCUCAAGAGCAAAGGGGCGCUUCGGAAAUGAUCUUCUGCUUGUCACGGAUUGAGCUGUCCAACUUUUAUACCCGAACUGGUGUUAAAAUGAAGGAAACUGGUGGUACGAUUCAGUUCAGAGAUGCAGAGGAAACUGAAAGGCUCAUCGACGAGGUCGAAGAUCUCAUCGAGACAAGGUUUCUUCGAUACUGCGAUAUCCUCAAUCCCUUGCACGUUUUCACCAUGGGCAUUGUGCGAUCUGCCGCCAACGCCGUCCGACUGCGUGCUCGAAUGCCACUGCUGCUGAAGCAUACCAUUACCGACGCGCAAAGGAGAGGCCUCUGCACUCUCGCAGAAAAGAUCCUCGAUACAAACAGCGCCAUCUACGGCAACCCCAGCAUGAAGAAGUUCCUGUGGCAGAUGCAAGCCUUCUUCUUGUGGGAUGCCCUUCUCUGUAUCCUGCUUAGCCUGUCGGAAGUUGGAUUCUACUCGACGUCGGAGCUGAACACUACCUGGAACAAGGUUGCAGAAGUCUAUGCGAAUCACGAAGAACUUGUCAAGCGCAAGAGAACCCUGCACGUCACCAUUGGGAGGCAAACUCUCAAGGCCUGGAUUGCCAAUCCUCCGAGUAAUUCGUCCCCAGAACCGGCUUUCAUAACCGCGCUGCGCGCCCAACAUGAACCGAAAGUCAACAGGCAGCAGGGGAGAGUUGAUGAAAUGGGCGGAACCGACAAGGGUGCGGACGGUGUGUUUGCUUUUAAUGAGCUUUUUGCCGACAUUGAUGGAACGGGCUUGAAUCUGAAUACCGGCUUCGCUCUCGAUUCUUCAGAUUGGGUGAUUUGGGACCAACUGUGCCGAGGGACUAGUCUGGGCUAAGCGGGCGGCCUCCGUGACAAAUGUCUGGGUGGACUUAGAUAACACGAUGCAACAAUACAAGGGGAUAGUAUCAGUCCUGUUCCCAUUAUAGGAACGGAUCUAUCAGGCCUCGCUAUUGGACGACUAAUAAGGAACAAUGCCAUUGGUGGCAUGGUCUUCGAGCCGUCUUCGAGCCGUCUUCUGGACCCUUCUCCUGUCGGUUACAGUCCAGGAA